GGCGCGGGCACGCCAGCGGGAGUUCCGGCGGAAGGCUCGUGCUGAGGGCCAGCGGCUUCGCCAUGGCCUCGGCUGAGCUGGACUACACCAUCGAGAUCCCGGAUCAGCCUUGCCGGAGCCAGGAAAACAGCCCCAGCCAAGGUGGGAAGGAGGCAGGGACUCGCCAGCCUUUGGUGAUUCUCUUGGGCUGGGGUGGCUGCUCCGACAAGAACCUUGCCAAGUACAGCGCCAUCUACCACAAAAGGGGCUGCAUCGUGAUCCGAUACACAGCCCCAUGGCACAUGGUCUUCUUCUCCGAGUCCCUGGGCAUCCCUUCACUUCGUGUUUUGGCUCAGAAGCUGCUUGAGGUCCUCUUUGAUUACGAGAUUGAGAAGGAGCCCCUGCUGUUCCAUGUCUUCAGCAACGCUGGUGCCAUGCUGUACCGAUAUGUGCUGGAGCUCCUGCAGACCCAUGGGCGCUUCUGCCACCUGCGUGUGGUAGGCACCAUCUUUGACAGCGGUCCUGGUGAUAGCAACCUGGUGGGGGCUCUGCGGGCCCUGGCAGCCAUCCUGGAGCACCGGCCUGCUGUGCUACGCCUACUGCUCCUGGUGGCCUUUGCCCUGGUGGCAGUCCUGUUCCACGUCCUGCUCGCUCCACUCACUGCCCUCUUCCACACCCACUUCUAUGACAGGCUCCUUGAGGCACCCUCUCGCUGGCCCGAGCUCUACCUCUACUCAAGGGCCGACGAAGUGGUCCUGGCCAGGGACGUGGAACGCAUGGUGGAGGCCCGCCUGGCACACCGGGUCCUGGUGCGCUCUGUGGACUUUGUGUCAUCUGCACACGUCAGCCACCUCCGCGACUGCCCUACUUACUACACGAACCUCUGUGUCAACUUCAUGCGCAGCUGUGUCCACUGCUGAGGUCCUUGCCCCACUCACUUCACCUCUGCUCCAAAAAUAAAUGCCUGACACCUCCUCACAACCCACACCCAUGGGUGGGAUGCUCUUCUGAUUCAACUCCCUACGGCCCUCUAGGACUUUGUGGGUCCCCCAGUAGAGAAUUCCCAUGGGCCUCUGUCCCCGGGGGAAUGUGGUGGUCUGCUUAUCCCAGGAUCCUAGGGGGCGGGAGUGCCUGGGCGUGUCUCUGCCGGAGCCUUGCAGUGGUUGUGUGAACAAAUGCAACAGUUAGGCUGACUCUUGUGGCAUUUAAGCUGUAAAGGGUUAACAAAGUGGGGGGAGUUUGAGGAUGAGCCCCAGGGUUGAACUUUGAUUCCUUGGAUGGAAGGUGAGCUUUGUGGGGAGGUGCCAGAGGGUAGGAUCAGGCUGGGGCAGGGGCUGUGAUCUCUGCUUCAAGGCCCUAGAAGGGCAAAGCCCCACAGCAUGAAGCACCAUCCCCAUAGAUCACACUUGGCAGUUCACUCAGAGAGCCUUCUCUGACCUCAUUGUCAGGGAGUCUGAGGUAGAAGCCAGAUGGGUAGCUGAGAAUGCAGAGGGUGGCGGGCCUGCCCUGGUCCACCACACUUUGUCAGGAAGCCACUGGAUCUAGGAAAGUUGCAAGGUGUGUGUGUAAUGGGCAGAUGGAGUGGGGAGCAGGAAGACAGCAGUGCCAUAUGGGAGGUGCGACAAGCUAAGUCAGGAGUCCUAAAGACCAGAACCACGGCAAGGGCUUUUGGCUGAAACAGCUCCUUCAUUUCCUUGAAUGAGACCCACUUGGAUCUUCUCUAGGCAGGAGAGGUGGCUUCAGUCUUGAGUUCUGUAUCAUCUGUUAUUCUACAAGUCACUGCUGCACAAUGUUGGCACAUAGUAGGUAUUCAAUAAAUAUUUGUUGAUUGAAUGAGCUUACUGUGGUGACCAAGGG